AUGUUUCCAUCCUCGAUUUCUUCUUUAGCUGUUCUUAGCACCGCCAUUUUGACGGCUCACGCCGCUCCGAUGCCGGCAUCAUGUCGUGCGACAUCAAGUACUCUGGCCGGCAUGGGCAUGUGCUUCGAGCCCUCUGUGGGGUGCAACCCAGGCCAGAGGUUCGGAGAGUACAUUGCGAGGAACAUCCGGCACGAAAAGGGCAUCUGCACGACGACAGUUGAGCCCAUAGCAGCUGUGGUGCCUGCGUCACUACGGGAAAGUCAUAACCACUCUAACAAGGAGGCAACCUUUGGAGUGAUAGAAUUUUUGAUGAAGCAUUUGGUCAGGGUUGCCAAUAAUGCGUGGGUAGAACGCCACAAAACGCAUAUUUCCAUUUCCAUGUUCAAUGACUUUGGUCGUCCUCUUAUCGCGAUGCAGUCUCUAUGCACCGGCGGUAAGGCGCAUCCGGCGCGUGCCGUCAGCGCCUGUGGCGUGGGGUCAGCUCCCGCGGCUUCGCUUUCGUCCAAGACCCAGCCUGAAAACUCCAACUAA